CUUCGCCGCUUCUUCCGGGGAUCAAAUCUCACGUGCCGUACCCGCACCCAUUAUUUUAAGACUGUUUUCUUCUUCUUCAGCCAAUUCGUAAAAUUUCAACCACUCGGCCGAACUGAGUGUGACAGAUAGAGUGAAUCGGAUCCCUCUGACGCCGCUGCUAAGUAUUUUGGCUCUGUCUCUUUCGUUAUUAUCUUCUGCUCUUUCUCCGUAUUACGGUAACAGAGCAAAGAUGAGCUCAGUCCUGCAGGGUCUCACCAAGUCGCUUGCCAUGACUGUACUCUCCGAGAUCGGCGACAAGACGUUUUUCGCUGCCGCGAUCCUUGCUAUGCGUCACCCAAGGAGACUUGUCUUGUUCGGUUGCCUGUCAUCUUUGAUUGUGAUGACUGUUCUUUCUGCUCUUGUUGGCUGGGCUGCUCCAAAUCUUAUCUCUCGGAAAUGGACUCAUCACAUCACAACAUUGUUGUUCUUUGGGUUUGGGCUGUGGUCUUUAUGGGAUGGAUUUACUGAGGAAGGGGAGGCUGAAGAGUUGGCCGAGGUCGAAGCAAAAUUGGGUGCUGAUUGGAAGGCUGACACAGAGACCACGAAAAAGAAUAAUAAGGAAGAUGAUGAUUUGAAAAAACUGAAACGGCCAUUUCUCUCACAAUUCUUUUCUCCAAUCUUUUUGAAGGCAUUUUCUAUUACCUUUUUCGGUGAAUGGGGCGACAAGAGCCAGAUAGCCACAAUUGGCCUGGCUGCAGAUGAGAACCCGUUUGGAGUUGUUCUUGGUGGAAUUAUAGGGCAAGCAUUGUGCACAACUGCAGCUGUCCUUGGUGGAAAGAGCUUGGCAUCUCAAAUAUCUGAGAAAAUAGUUGCACUCUCAGGUGGUGUUCUUUUCGUUGUUUUUGGGAUUCAAUCCUUCCUUUCAACCGUUGACUCAUGAUGCAGAUGGUCUUGCUAAUGGCAACACGAUAUGGUGGAAGAAAGUGGCAUCAUGUGGUGGACCUCAGUCCCUGAUUUUGAUCUCUUUUUUCAUGGAUAUUUAUUUUAUGUUGGUUAGAACCAGUCCAUGUAACUACUUUUAAUUAUCAUGAUCUGGUUUUGUUAGGAAUUGUGGAUUUGUAGUUGUAGUCACAUUACAAAAGACGCCAAUUUUUUUUCCCUACACAAUGGGGAAGGGGAGUUGAAUCCGGCUCUCAACGGUGAGACCCGGGCUACGAAGAUUCACACAAAAUGAGGCACUGAUGACUGAACUACUGACUUAACUCGAUGCAGCAGGAGAUAUAUGAGAACAUUUGAAUG